CCGGCGCCUCAGUACCGCGGUGUCCAUCGAGGUGAUCGUUUCGCGACGCGUUUUCCGCGCGGAACAAAAGCCCAGUCUCUCUCUCCCUCGCCGUUUAGCUUCGGCCAUUCGUGCGAAAAGUUGCUGGCCGAACAAACGGAGCUUGAGCGCCAUCGGUCGCUCGCGUCUCUCUCAUCCCGUUUAUUCUCGAUCGCGUUUGUCGCAUCGUUUUUACGACUUCGGCCAGCCGACGGCGGAAGUCGACCGGCCGUUCCCUCCUUCUCUCUCUCUCUCUCUUCUCUAUCUCGCGCACGGACGGAGUGCCAGCAUCGAGGCACGACGCGACUGCACCAGCUGUGACGCGGUCGGGACGAGUGUAUGGGUGCUGUGUUACGCGGUUAUAUCUUCUGUUUUGUGUACGAGUAGCGCGACGAGCGCGAGUCCUAAGUUGGGUUUUGUUUUCACGCCCCGUCCCGAUUCCUCGAUUUUCUUCUGUGCAUCGAUGUUUUCGCUCGCGAGAGCCCGUUAAACGCGAGGGAACAAAGGGCGACAGGCAAGCGGGGAGACCAAGAGCGGACAAGAGAAGGCGAGGAAGAGAAAGAAAGACGGAGAGAGAAGAGGUACAUAUAUAGAGACGUCGUAUCGAUCGAGAGCUGGUCCCACUUCACGUCACGAACUUCCUGGAGAAUUAGUCUACCUCGCCGGACUUGUUGGUAGCAUGCAAGCACGCGAAACGCAUUGUCCGCCGGUUACAAGGCGAUGAGACGCCUGAAUGGAGUCAGAGGAAGCCUCAGAGCCCCCUGGGGCUCCCAUCGACGUUCUAUUGACAGAGCAGCGCAGCCGGGUCAAUCUUAUCACUGCACUUAAGCCGAUCUGAACCAACCGCAUCUCGCCAUUUACACCGACAGACAUCCGGAUUUCCAUUUAAUCGUCGCGCCGAGGGGAACAAAAUAAAAUCUGGAACAGAAGAUAUCAGUGAAACGUUUCGUGCGAUCUGAACGGCACAGAUUCCGAAUGCCGAUAUAGUGAAACCUAUGCCAAAGAUCUAUUUACGUCAGUCGAUUCGCGCGGGGGAGCCUCGAUAGAUCGCGAUCGCGCGGGAUCCGAGGAAAAAAUUCAAUCGAACGUGAGACAAGCAGACGUGGAUUAAUCAGGACUACGAGAUGGCGGCGCCGGUGAUCGAGAAGAAGCGCUUCUUCUGCCGAGAAUGGGCCUUCAUGAAGCUGUCGCAUUGCCUGGAGCAGCGGCCGCAGUCGAAGACCUGCGGUGCCCUGAUCGUGGGCGGGCCGGGCAGCGGCAAGACGGCGUUCUGCGCCGAAUUAGCGUGGCCUUCGAACGGCGCUUCCGCGAGGCACCAACGCUCGCUGAAUCGCCGCCUGCUCGCCCGGCACUUCUGCCAGGCCAGAAGCGAGGCCUCUCUGUCGCCCGCUCAGUUCGUGCGAUCUCUGGUCGCGCAGCUGCUGCAGGCGAGCUCGGACGGCGUUCAUCAUCAUCAGCAUCAUCAUCAUCGAUCGUCGUCCGUGCCAGCGACCUCGCCGACGACGUCCGCGACGGCGACCACGACCACGGUCACCACGACGAUGCCCGCGGCAACCACGACAACGAUAGCGACGACGACGGCGACAACGACGACGGCGACGCCUACGACCGUCGUCGUGGUCGCGCCGCCGCUCACCUCCAAGGAGGCCGUCGCGGAGGCCUACGCCGAGAAGCUGCGCACCGAUCCCGAGAUACAGGCGGCACUGCAGCCGGACGUUUUGGAUCGCGAUCCGGACGACGCCUUGAAAAAGGCGCUUCUGUUCCCGCUGCUCGAGGUGGAGCCGCCGAAGAACUGUCUCUUCCUGCUGGUGGACUCCAUCGACGAAGGUCAGACGUUGAAUCCACCGCAGAGCGGCACCAGGGACUCGAGAAGGGAAAAUGACAAUGUCAGUCGCACGAUAGCUGAAUUACUGGCUAAUCACCACCAUCUGUUCCCACAGUGGCUCUUGUUAGUCUGCACCGCGCGGCGACAGAGUAAGACCAUCUCGCGCAUGUUCACCGGCUUUCGCAAGAUCUCGCUGGACGAUCUGAGAAAGUCCCAGGUCGUCAGGGACGUGCAGCAGUAUAUACUCGCGCGCUUGGAUCAGGAGGACGCGCUCAGGCAGCACAUCUCGCGCGACACCGCCGAGAUGCUGAACCAGCUGCACAUAAAGAGCAACGGUUGCUUUCUGUACCUGGAGAAAGUUCUCGACGGCGUGGCGGAGAAUUUCAUUGUUCUGCGCGAGGUACGUGAGAUUCCGGGAACACUGAACGGCCUAUAUCUCUGGCUGUGCCAGCGACUCUUCAGCAGGAAGCAAUUCAGCAAAGUGCAACCUCUUCUCAACGUCAUACUCGCCGCUAAAUUGCCCAUCACUCAGGAGAUUCUGUACGAGAGCGUGAAGACAGCUUGUGUCGGCAUCACCGUCGAGGACUUCAAUCGUCGGCUUCAUCUGCUGCGCCGUGUGAUAUCGGUCUCGCGCGCCGGUGCGCUGAUGCUCUUCCAUCACAGCUUCGCCGAGUGGCUGCUGGACGUUAAACACUGCACCCAGAAGUAUCUCUGUUCGGCCACCGAGGGCCACGCCAUGCUGGCGGCUCAUUACACCCUCCGCGGUCCCGAGCUCAAUCCGGACGAGAUCUGCGUGCUGGCGCAACAUCUGCAACGCGUGAUAACGAGCAUUCCGGCCAGCACCACUCUGGAUGUUCACACUCUUCAAAUUCUUUGGAUGGUCGGCAGCAACGCGCCCAUCGAAGACUGUUAUUUAGAUAGUUCUGAGUGCAUUCUCUGGCCCAGGCAGGACUUGAAGCUCCUCAGAUUGCUAAUCGACGCUGGCGCGAAGCCUUCCGAAAAGACCACCGAGGACGACGCCGGCAAAGAUGCCGUUUCUUCUAGUCAGGUUUCACAUGAUGUAAGCCCUAUUGAUGAAUCUCCGAGUGAGCCGUUGACGGAGCUUCUCGGUGAAAGUGGAGAUAUCAAUCAAGCAGACUCUUACGGACGAACCGUGUUACACACAUUAGCCGCCGAUGGCAAUGCAUCUCUGUUGGAAUUGGCGCUUGCAGCUUGUCCGCAGGCAAAAUUGGAAGCAGUUGAUCGGAAUGGACAAACGCCACUCAAUCUGGCUGCGAGGCACGGUUACACGGAUGUAGUGCGUGUGCUUUUAGCUGCCGGCGCGAGGGUGGACCACGCGGACUGCGACGGGUGGACUGCCCUUAGAGCUGCUGCUUGGGGAGGACAUACUCAGGUGGUCGAACUACUUUUAAAGCACGGAGCGAUGGUCGACUGCGCGGAUUGGGAUCAACGAACCGCGCUGCGAGCAGCCGCCUGGGGCGGUCACGAGGACAUCGUCAAAGCUCUCUUGAAGCACGGCGCCGACGUUAACAGAACGGACGACGAGGGUAGAACCGCCUUGAUCGCUGCUGCGUACAUGGGACACAGCGAGAUCGUGGAGCAUCUUUUAGACUUCGGGGCCGAGAUCGAUCACGCCGACAGCGACGGUAGAACUGCGCUCAGCGUCGCUGCACUUUGCGUCCCUGCCAAUCACGGAUACGCAAAGGUCGUCACGAUACUUUUAGACCGAGGCGCCACGGUGGAUCACCAGGACAAGGACGGUAUGACUCCGCUCUUGGUCGCCGCGUUCGAGGGUCACCGGGACGUUUGCGAUCUGCUUCUGGAAUACGACGCGGACAUGGAUCAUUGCGACGUCACCGGGAGGACGCCUCUGUGGGCGGCCGCGAGUAUGGGACACGGAUCGGUCGUGAAGCUUCUGCUGUACUGGGGCUGCUGCGUCGACACUAUUGACAACGAAGGCAGAACCGUUCUCAGUAUAGCCGCUGCCCAGGGCGGCACAGAUGUUGUGAAGCAGUUGCUCGCUAGAGGCCUAGACGAGCAGCAUAGAGACAAUUCUGGCUGGACUCCGUUACACUACUCGGCGUUCGAGGGUCACGUGGACGUUUGCGAGGCGUUGCUGGAAGCUGGCGCGAAGAUCGACGAGACGGACAAUGAUGGGAAGAGCUCUCUUAUGCUCGCGGCGCAGGAAGGACACACAUCGUUGGUGGAAAGGUUGCUGAAACAACACAACGCGCCUAUAGAUCAACACGCUCACGAUGGUAAAACUGCUUUAAGACUCGCAGCUCUGGAGGGACAUUACGAUACCGUGAAGAUAUUGUUAUCUCACAACGCUGAUGUCAACGCGAAGGAUGCCGAUGGAAGGAGCACUCUAUAUAUACUCGCAUUAGAAAACAGACUAGCUAUGGCGAGGUUUUUGCUGGAACACGCAAACGCGGACGUGGAAAGUAGAGAUUCAGAGGGUAGAACAUCACUGCACGUGAGCGCUUGGCAAGGUCACGUGGAAAUGGUAGCAUUGUUGCUGACGGAAGGUGGAGCUAGCGUGAAUGCUUGCGACAAUGAAAACAGAACACCACUUCAUUCCGCCGCCUGGCAAGGUCACGCAGCGAUCGUCAGGCUGCUCCUAGAACACGGUGCCACUCCUGAUCACACUUGCAACCAAGGUGCCACGGCUCUAGGUAUCGCCGCUCAGGAAGGACACGAGCAUUGCGUCCGGGCGCUUUUGAACCAUGGAGCCGAUCCGAAUCAUUCCGAUCAUUGCGGACGUAACGCUAUUAAAGUAGCCGCUAAAAGUGGCCACGACACGGUUGUCAGGCUACUAGAAGAACAUUCAGCCAACCAACGCAGCUUGAGACCCGGCAUUAAUGGAGGUGGUAGCAGUAGUGCUACUUCCGUAACAUCCAAUUCGACGGCUGAGACUAAGCCUUCAUCGGCAAUCCUGAAUCCUCUGUCGACGCAAUACAGCCCAGCGGAAUCGCCAGAUUCAACCAAGCGGCGCAGUUGCGUCUCUUUAGGCAACAAUUCGAGCAAUAGCAAAUCGAGCAGCAACUUAACCGGCAGCACAAAGAGCGAUCAGGGAAAAUUCAAUCAAAAUUCAAUGGUUAACUGUCAGACACCAUUAUCUUUCACCCAACAACUGCAGCAAUGUUCAAGAGGAGCAAAGAGUCGGCCGCUCAGUAAAUUAUUGUCGCCUUUGAAAAGCGAGCCGCAGAGCCCGAUAUACGCCUCACCUCCGCAUUCUCCGCUAAGCGACAGCCUUAUCCCUUACUCGCCUACGAACACGAGUCCGCCCAGUGCUCAAACGGCUGCGAACGUGAUUCAGAGUCAGCUGGGUGUGUCAUUGAUGGGCGGAAAUCCUAAUAUCUCCUACAAAAUGGGAUAUAAUCACACGCCGGUCAUUUACGAGCCGAUCAACAUCAAAACCGAGCUUAUCGAUCGCAAUAACAUUGGCAAACCGUUCGAAUUGACGAAUGAAAUGCUAGGUUUGAGCAUCGGGAAGGACAAGGAGAACGGACACGAGGAUAAACGAAAUUCGGCCGACACGCAUUUUACGCGUGACACUCAUAUGAGAAUAAUAUUGGGGAAUAGCGGCGCUGGCGUGGGCAGAAGCGUCAAGCACAUUACGGAUCACACGUCUGGAAGACUUUGCAGAAAUCACAAUGGUCGUAUAAGGAAGACACACCGCUUCAUGAGCGAUAGGCUUUCCUUCCUUUUUCAACCCUCCCGAGCGAAAAAAGAUAGAAUAUGUAGUCAAGGAGGACAUACGACAAUUGCAGGUAAUGCAAAACCAAAGCGUAAUGGCUUGGUGUCCAACCCAGCCAUGAGAUUAGUGGCAGGCGUUAGAAAUGGAAUUGAGAAUGCUACGAACAGAAAUAAGCCUAUUACAACGCGAGUAAAUGGAUUCCAGUGGAAGGCGGAAGCGCGCAAGGAAACGCCUUUGUAGGGACAGGCUAUGCAUUACGGAUUGUCUCGACGAAGAGCCGCGAGCCAAUACCGUGGAUGGCGAUCUGUCGCGAACAAGAAGCGAAAGUCAAUAAACAAAUUUUUCUCGGUUUAUUUGUGCAAAAUCAAAUUACCUCAUAUUAAAAGGAAGAAGAGGGAGGACUUAUGAAUAUUCUGACAUUGCGUGAACACAGAAAUGUCACGUAGCACACAAAACCAAAUAUUAAUUUGCAUAGGGAAAAUAUGUAGACGUAGAUAUGUUAACUUACAAAACAUGACUUUGUAUAAAUAUAACGGUAACGAAAUUAUUUACUGAUCUCACUAAUGUAAUACAUAGAUACAGAGACGUACGUACAUUCACGUUCAACGAGUGUACGUAUGUCUCUGUGUAUAAUGUUUAUACAGAAUACCGCAAACGUUGUGCAUUUUCUCAAUUAUCGGAUUUCAAAGAACAAACCAACUAGAAUCGCAAAAACUUCUUCCAUUGCAGUUGAUUCGCAAUGGCCAAGAUACCAAACCAAUUUGUCAAAGUCUGUUGCCGAGAGAAAUUACGCAUUUGCGAGAUAUUCCGUAUAUAUGUAUACACUUAUAAAAUUAUUAUUGAAAUCUUGAAAUGAGAGAGAGAGAGAGAGAGAGAAAGAGAAAUGUUAGCCGUGGUGUUAAUGUCGAUUAGACGAUAAAGUUUAAUGACGAAAAUUUCUUCAGAAGACUGGAUGCAGACAGAAUGCAUAUGUGAUCUUUUAAUGGAUAACUUUAAACCGAAGACGAUUGUAAAGAUAUGUAUAAAUUAUAUUAAGAGGAAAAAAAAGAAAAGUUGAUGAUAGAAGAGAGUAUGAUAUUACGGACUCAUUACAGAUACGUAAAGUUAUGGCCUGAAAACGAAGAACGUGUUGUAAAUACAGAUCCCUUGUAACGUCUCACGCAACAUAUUUAUUAUACUGUAAUAGGUGCGAAAUAAAUAAAAAUUAGGAAAUAUUA